GCUAGCCUUCACCCACGCACCCCACGCGCCUCACUCUUGGAUCUUGACGCCUAAUGGUGGAUCAAGAAGUCUUUGAUACAUACGACAUUUGCUAUUUUAACCACUGCUGCACUCUGUAUUCCCACCUUGUAUACUACCAAUAAAAAGAUUCCAAGAAAGCACCUUGUUGAACAUACAAUAUGGCGACCACUCAACUUCCCUCAACUACCAAUGUAUCAAAGCCGACGCCCUUGGCCAAGACCCUCACGGUUACCCCUCCUGUCACUCCAAAUGGAACAAGCGCAGCAGCACACCAGCUAGUGGCCGAGAUAAGAGAUAUUCAUUCCAGGCUUAGUGAAUUAUCGUCAUUAGCGCCCUCACAUCAGGUCAACAUCCUCUUGACACGAUUGGUAAAUCUAUGUGUAGUACCAUAUAGCGCCGAAUUUACCACCUACUUCUUCAACAUAGCGGGUGUGGAGCAGCUCUGUGACAAACUGCGUCCAAUAUGUUCUGAAGCCGAGGGAGAACUAGAAAAGUUCCACGCAGAGCGAAUGUUAAAAGAACUGGACACCAGCCAAGAAGCAGCCUCGAUUACCAUUCUCCAAUCAUUCCCUUACUACGACAACUACGUUGAUCUCUCCCGCCUAGAAGCCUCACUCAUCAACGCCUUCGCUUCCUCCCCACCAACCUCCAUCGCCUUCAUCGGCUCGGGCCCUCUACCCUUGACAUCCCUGUGCUUCCUAUCCCAGUACUCCACCGCACACAUUCACAACAUCGACCGUGACGCUACUGCCCUGCGUCUCAGCGCCGCUCUAUGCACUAAACUGGGGUUCUCGAAACGCAUGAGCUUUACGAAUGAAGAUAUCACGCAGGAAGGUCCCGAGGCUGAAGUUUCCUGGACAAAAUCACAAGUUGUAUUCUUGGCUGCGCUGGUGGGAACAGAUACGCGAUCUAAGUUGGAGAUUCUGAGGGAUUUGACUGCGAGGUUACAGCCUGGUUGUUUGGUUGUGGCGAGGAGCGCGAGGGGUAUGAGGAGUGUACUCUAUCCCAUCCUACAACUCUCAGAAGACUUGCAAGCGAUUGGACUGGAAAUGCUCGCUGAGUUGCAUCCAUGGACGAAUGUUGUAAAUUCUGCUAUUGUGCUUCGUGUAAAGGAGAGAUGAGUGUAGUCAAAGAUUGACUAAGGAGAUGCAACGUACAAAAAGGGCAUCACUGAUAUUCACUGUUCAUUUCUGGUAUCAUUGCGACAAGUGCGUCUGGAUUUGGUGGUGCGAUACCUUUGUAGAGUCUACGCGGUUAAUCUAUUCACUCACUGCGACAGAUGCAGUCUAGACUGGGUGGUACAGUAGGUACAAAAUAUAUCUGUAGUCAAUCCUUAAG